AUGGCCGAAGCUGUAAGCAAUAGGACUAAUUUAAAAGAAACUGAACUGUGGAUUGAUUCAGACCACAACGACGUUAACCGUGUUGGAGAUUGCGACGCCAUACGCGAAGAGAAAUUGAAGAAAGAAGAAGCAGGCGGUAAAACUUCGUUCACCUGCCUCGAUUUUUUUUAUGCUAUCGAAAAACUCGUCAGUAAAUUCAAUAUGGUCAAUAAAUUUGUUUAGUAAUUACACCACUUAAGGUGUUACAAAUUCUUCCCAUCAUAUUUGUUGUAUUGCUAUUGGUUAGGCAUAUAACAAACAUAAUUAGAAGCCUCUUUAGAGUCAAGCUGUUUGGAGUUGAUUGUAAAAUCUAUUUUUCGUUGCUUUUAGUUUAGUUUAGGUUCAUGUUUUAAAGCGGUUCAACAAAGCUCGAGAAUUACUGACAACCUCAACAAAGCUGGUUUUCUAUUAAGCGGAAAUUUGCGCGGAGCGAAAUUUUUCUUUGUCUUGUGAUUCCUUGUCUGUAAGUAAUUAUAAAGGCAAAUGAAAAUUCCGCCUCCGCGCGCAAAAUCCCGCCUAGUGUAAAAGCGGCCUAGCCCUAUUUGUAGGGGGGUAGGCACAGUGAGCGCACCCAUAUAAAUAUUUAUCCAUCAUUACUGAAUAAAUUAUCCCAUUCGCGCCUGUGCUUUUAUGACUUUUAAUAUUUUUCCUGUGCCGCCAUUACUGCGAAAAAUAUUUCUGAAAAUUCAAAGUUAUCUGGACAUUUGAUGACAUUUGUCAAACAAGGUUUCGGGCCAAAAAAUGGGAAAAUGUGGGUUGGUGAUUUUUGACACUAUUUUUUUGGCUGAAUCACUUCCAAGGACAUAAAUGACAUAAUAUAGUUAGAGAACAUAUAAAGAUGGAUUAUUACUCAUGAUUUGCAAAGAAAAGCAUCAAUAAUAUUUUAUAUAAAAUAGUAAAAUAUGACAUAAUAUAAUAUAUAAAUACUAUAUUAUAAUAUAAUUGGGAUAUAACUGACAAUUUUAUUGGCUAAUGCAUGUACAUUGUGACACAGUAAUGCACUGUGAUCCGUGGCACUGCUUCUCUCUUUCUGUGUCCCCCCUCCCCCUCAUCUUGGAUUUUUAGCCAAGAAUAUAAACAAAACUAUAGAGCUUUUAAGAGCGACUUUCUGAAAAGUUCGACCAAACAGCGGCACAAGAGGAAAAAUCGAUUUCGCUCAUAUUUUCUCCAUAUGUAGGCUAUAGUGAGAAAUGAAACAUGCCGUAGUCCGUUUGUCUAAAUAAUAUUUUGUUUAACGGCAAUUUGAAAAAACAAUUUUGACAGGAAAUUACGCUGAAAUGGGCGUUCGCAAAGGUCAAAACAGUUAUAUUCGAACGAGCCUCACGUUCCAAAACAAAAACUCUGAACAUCUUUUAAAGACUUUAUUAUUUUUCUUUAAUUGUCUCCUUUCAAUUUGGAAAUGAGACGCUUCCAUAGUUUUACAUAUUUUCGUCCGGAGGUAAAGACAAGUUUACGCUAUAAUUAUAGAAUGGCUUGUCAACAAAAUAUAUGGUCCGAACAUCGCUUCCGUUUCGUAUGUGCUCUUCCUCCAAAUGACUUAAAAACUGUUUCGUAGGCUUCAUAAGAUAUAAAUCUUCCAAAAUAUCAAGAAAAAUUUCUGGCCAAAACAUUUUGACUGAGCCGCUGGGGAACGUUUGAUUAGGUAUUUCGCUACCUCGCUACUCGUGUCAUAAUGAGUAGCGUAACUGAAAUUCGCUGCAUAUAUUUCAGAAUCAUCGUUAAUUGAAUAUAAAUGAAUAAAAAGUCUUUUAGUGUUUCUUUAUUAUUGACUUGAGUUUGUUAUAUGAAAGGCUGUUACAAUAUUUGCUUACCUCCAACCCAAGGUUAUUGAUAGAAUAUUAAUAAUGAAGAAUAAUGUGUUACACAAAUGACCAGCAAGUACUUCACGUUCACCCCAACUUGUUGAAGCACACGUACCGUAAAACAUUUGCCCUCAUUGUCUUCCAUAAUCAGCGAACAAAUAGAUGACGAUAUAUUUAUGAAAAUUUUUGAUGCAGUUUUGCUAUUAUGGGUUUUGGGCCAAAGUUUUAUAAAUAGCAUUAUUGAGUGACAGUUUGUACAUUUCUGAAAUCUACCGAUUGUGAGUCACGCGAUCAAAAACGCAACAACAUCUCGUGACAAUGUUAUUAUCAUCAACAUAUAUUGCAAGGUUAUCUUCUGCAAUUUAAUAUAAAUCAGAAAUAACAUGGAAGCCCACUGUUCAUUUUACACGCUUGUUGGAGGGCUUUGUACUUACACUCGGAGAGACAGAAAACAUACAACAGAGAUCGUUCCUUUGUUAACCUGUGCAAAAGAUAUUUCCUCACACAAAUCACUUUGGGGCUUUCAAGAUGUCGACAAUGAAGUUGAUUUAAUUCUUGCCCGCGCAUCAAUAUUUGAACGCUCCGAAAACAUCCAUUCAUUUAGUAUAUGCCUUUCCACCGCCUUAUCCUUGGAAUUGGAUGGAAAAGAAGUGGUACCAGGUGUAGUGUUCCUCAACAACUAUCUGGUCAGAAUAAAAGAAAAUUGCCGAACGGGGAUCGAGGAAUUUCGAAACUACUUUCUCGCCAAGUUUGGAAACACACGGGUAUUUUGAUUCCGGUUGGCUCAGGUAAUAUUAUUGAUUAAACUGAUGACUUUAUUACAUUUUUGGGAAUUAAGACACUUAAGAAUCAAAUAAACUCUUUAUGGUUAAGGGCUGUGCCGUUCGUGCAGAGAAAAACGUCAAGCCUUUACUGAAGUACAGGAUAAAGAAAAGUACUCAACAAAGAAGGAAGGAGCAGAGGGGCAAUACGAGUCAGAGGAGAUUGGGAGUCUAAUAGAUGGAAUGUCCAACUUAAGUUUCGUGAGCAAACUAUAACAUAGCCUUUUUACUCCCAUACCAUUGAAAAAGGGGCUGACUACAACACGGGGUGAUGUCGUUACACUUGAUGACGUCAUACAAAACGAACGCCCGUGAGUCAAUUUUUUGAAAAUAUCUUGACUGCAUUGCCUUAUGGGAAAACAGCGUAUAUAAUAUGCCAACUCUACAAAGUCUUUUGCACAUUCUAAUUGGCAUUCAAAAACUCAUUAAUAUUCAUGCACAAAUUGUCUAAUCAGAUUCCCUUGUUUAGUCACACGCAAAGCUUUUAUACCUGCAUGGUAAAAGACUUUAUCUAAUAACAACAGUAAACACGCAAGUUGAUUGGUGACACGGUCAAUGCCCGUGCAGGAUGAAUAAUCGUGUACGGAAAAUUUGAAUGGCCAUUUAGUAUUCCUUUAAUGAAUGCUAAUUAGGUUAGCACAUUAGGAUAAGCUAAUUAGGAUAUUACGUUCAUUUGUGUUCUUUUACAGUAUUAUGUUUCAUCCUAAUUACAAUAAUACUAAUUGACGUCACUCUAAUAAGCGUAUUUGAAGUCAUUCAAAACAACUCGAGCUCGCGUCGUAUACCUAAAAUGCUAUGCUAGGCUUUACGUUUUAAAUAUGACAGAACGCUUCUUAAUUCUCGUGUUGUAAAUACUACACAUUUAGUAUUGUUUGAAAUAAAAUUGAUAAAAAGACGUGACUGCGUCAACAAAAACAUUUUUGAUAUUAUUGAAUAGGUUUAAUGCAAUAUUCUUUAAAUGGCGUUCGAUUUUGCGUCUCAUAUUUCUCUCUACAAGUAUUAAACUUCUGCAUUUUUUAAAUCAAGGAUGGAAAACUACAAACACUUGAAGUGCAAGAAGAUGAAGAGAAACUCCUAACAACAAAAGUGGAAAGACGUUCUCCUAAUGCGGAAAGAGAAUGUCAAAUAGACAAAAUGAUUAACUUGACCUUGAUGAGGAAGCAGAAAGUCUUCUUUAUCCCACCCCAUUAAAAAUACGCAGGCCGCAUCGCGUUAUUGUAAAGAUACCACGAAAUAUACCAUCCACUUUAUUAUCUCACUCACAUGAUUUAGCCUAUUUUUAAUUAUUUGGGUAAAUUAUGGGAUAGGAUUUUUGAAAUUUUCUUCUUAUAAACUAAGUAAAAAGACAUUUGUGGGGAUAGUGCUUUUUCUUUCUUCAGGUCUGCUGACUCACAUGUAUUUUUUUGUCAAAGAUGGAAAUAUGAAAGCCACUGAACCCUCUGAAACCAGCACUCCAGCAGCCGAGCAACCAUUCUAUUUCUUUGAAGCCGAUGAGCUUAUAGAAAGUUUGUCCUGCCCAUUGGAUAUUUCAGAUGAUUCUAUCUCAGAUGUGCACGAGGAAGAGAGCGAUAAGUCGCACCUUAACAGAUUUUUGAAAAGUAAAGAUGUCAGUCCCGUGCGUUCCUGCUUACAUAAACCAUGGAGUGCAGCUGGAGACCGAACCAAACGAUAUUACGCGAGGAAAGCUAGCCAAGCAGUAGAGCAUCUUUAAAUGUGAUAGCACCUAAAAAUUCUGAUGAAUUAUGGAAUUCCCUAGUUAAAUCAAAGUGGACAUCAUCAAACGACCUUGAAUACGCAGACAACGCCUUACUAGAAUGCCUUGUCCAGUGUUAUAACGAGGCAGAUCAGUGGGAUACUCCCAGACAAAUACUAUCUAUUAUGGCAGAGAAACUACGCUACAAUACCAUUUGCAUGUGGAUCCCCGAUCUGACUCGAUAUCGCUAUAAAAUCGCAAAGAGACACUCGCAAAUCCACGGUAUCGGAGUGCCUGUUCCAAGACCUUGUCAGACGAGAAUGCGUGUUCCUCAAGAUCUGCCGUUUGGCGAGAAAAAGCUCACCCAAUCGACUAAAAAAAGAAUCACAGUACCUAAUAUCAUCAGAUCGAUUGUUGCAGAACGUAUUGUGAAACAAUAUCAGCA